GAGGCCCAAUCAGGGAGAGGCGGGGCCAAGGCCAGGGCCUGACUAAACCUGGAGACUCCGUUGGCUGAGGGGGCUUCAUCUCAGCUGAGGACCGAAGAGCCGCUAGCGGCCGCGAUCUUACAGCCGCUCGAGGUUUUUAGAACUUCAGCUAUAAAAAUGGGCAGGAUUUUCCUUGAUCAUAUCGGUGGUACCCGUCUGUUUUCCUGUGCAAACUGCGAUACGAUCCUGACCAACCGCUCAGAACUCAUCUCCACUCGAUUCACAGGCGCCACUGGCAGAGCAUUUCUUUUUAACAAGGUAGUUAACCUGCAGUACAGUGAAGUUCAAGACCGGGUCAUGCUCACUGGCCGCCACAUGGUUCGAGAUGUGAGCUGCAAAAACUGCAAUAGCAAACUGGGAUGGAUCUAUGAGUUUGCCACUGAAGACAGCCAGCGUUAUAAGGAAGGCCGUGUGAUCCUAGAACGUGCGCUAGUUCGAGAAAGUGAGGGCUUUGAGGAGCAUGUACCAUCUGAUAACUCUUGAAGAAAAAGAGAUAAAUCCAUCUUUUUCCCAGGUCUUCUUCACUGAAAACAAAAAUCUACUUACAUACACUGUCACCUUAGCAUCAGAGUCGGAUUCAUGAACUGUGGAACAAGAGGUUGUGAGAAUCUAUGAUGGAACCUUUCUUUCCUUCUUUCUGUUUUUGUUUUUGUUUUUUUUUUUUAAUUUUCUAUUUUCCAUCCAACAGCAGUGUGUAGAGAGAAUAUUAUGUGGAUGCCGUUAAUUUUUUUUUUUUCCCUAUGUUUACAUUUUGAGGCAGAAUAGUCUUAUCUGCAGCUACAUGGUGGGCUAUGUGAGGAAAAAUAUCUGGGCUAUUAGAGUGAAAAAGUGUUUUAUGUAAAUUUUGAAAGGAAAAUGUGUCAUGAGCAUGGUUCUUAAAUUUAUUUGGGCUUCAUUUUAAAACUUUUUUUUAAACCCAGUUAUUUCACUUGAUUUGCUAGCUUCAGAGAAGAGAUCCGAAUUUGUGACCAGCGCUAAAGGUUCAGUGUUAGUAUGGCUUGUGCUGGCCAUUGUGCCAUAUUCUUGUUGGAGAUGAACCGUAGCAUAAGAGCCCAUUCUUCCUUGUCAGUCUUGACCCAAAGAUGUCACCAUUCCUAGUUACUUGUCACCACAUAAUUGGUGUUGAUUGGAAACUUUUCCUGAUAUGGGGCAGAACUGCUUGGUUGUCUUUUCCAUGUAACUUAAGCAUAGUAAUAUAAAUAAAGUAAUAGUUGGA